CAGGUGCAGGGCACCUUCCCGCUGACUCGUGGGCAGGACCCCAGGCUGGCGUCGCAGGUGGGAACCAUCGACAUCAUCGUCCGCUGGCGAGACGACUCCUCGGCCAUCCUCGGGUCGGUCGCCCAUGCGGACCACCAGCGGGCGGCCAUGUUUCGGGACGAGCUGUACCAGAUCACCUGGCAGCGCAUCGCGCGGCGGCUCGAGAUCAUGGGGAUCUCGCAGACGGAGUGGUUCUACCAGUUCGACGUCGAUAAGGACGGCUUCUGGACGCGCGACGAGACGCGCUCGGCGCUCUCCUCGAUGCCGGUUGGGCUGUCCCCCGAGGAGAUCGACCACGUCUUCGUGCGCAUGGACAGCCGGAAGG